AUGUCUGACUCUGGUGACCCCGCUGAGGGAAUCCAGGUGAGAGGAUCAUCGCGUUCGGACACUCCUAGCGAACCGAAAAGCCGGAAAUUCCAGGUCCCAAUCCCUAGAAAGUUCACUGGCCUUCUCGAGGAGGACUCAUGGGGCGACUGGAUUAACUUCGAACUUGGAAUGACGAACUCCCCGGUAUACAAUUCCACAUACAUCGUCUUCCUUGCCGAAAGUUACCAAGACCGAGGCCUCUAUGGCCGCAGACUGUUUGACGAGUUCCAAAACGACUUCGAAGGCUGGAACGCCGAUUACUUCGACAACACCAUUAAGAACGCAGCACAAUGGAUGAGAGAUACACUGUACUGGCAUGGCAUUUUCUUUCCCAUGGACAAUACUCUGAUCUCGACUGCUCUUGCCCAGCUUGUUACUCAAGAGGAGUUCCACGUGUGGACUGAAGGAGAGAUCAAGAAGGCAAAGACCAGGCCACAGUUCAAAAAGAACUACAACAGCAUUCCUGACUUCGCUGAGGAUAUCACGUACGAGCCAGAAAGCAUUGAGGAUAUCCGUGCAGAGAUUGAGGCCAUUCGAGCCUCGUCACGACGCAUAGGAACACCGGCAAGAAACCCCCUUCCCAUACAUGUUGUGGGCGACAGUCUCACAGCAAGGCAACUUACAGACCUGACAAAGCUCUAUAGCGAUGACUUCAAGUAUGGCGGUGAGAAGUACGAAGUCUUCGAGCGGAGACUCAUGAUCUUCCGCGACAAGUGCAGCAAAGUAGGGAUUGCCCAGAGCCAAUGGAACGGCGCCCUGGACAUCAUGCUGAGGGGGCGCGCGCUGCAAUACUACUAUGACUACCUUUGUGAUCCGACCAAACCGAUGGAUUUCCACUCCAGAGGAGUAGCCAUCCAAGCCAGGUUUGAAACCCACGAGACGCAGCAGUUAUAUUUGUCAGAAUGGCGUACGACAACCCUCCCGCGAAUCCUCCAGGAAAACCCCGGCAAAAACAGGCUGGAAGCCCUGGAGAUUCUCAUCGAGAGGCUUGUCAGAAUACAUCAAGCCCUACCACGCGCACAACGCGAGUCGCCCGACUUGCUACGCGACCAGUUGCUGAACGCCUGCCGCGAAGUGGAAGAAUGCCAAUUGGCGAUCUUCGCCCCGGCUCCCACCUUCGAGGGCGUGUGCGGCAACCUCCGCGCAGCCGUCGGAACAGCCCUGCAGCUGAAGGCCCGUCAAUUCGUCGCCGAACCGCACGACCAGUACUGGACUGACCGACGAUACAACGGCCACGGAAAAGAAUCCCGCUAUGGCCGCAACGGUCCGCAAAACCGCAGACCCUCCCGCUACGGCAACGGUAGCCGCCGCAACGGCCCCAGUUCGGCGCCGAAUAAGCGGUGCUACGUCUGCGGCAAAUCCGGUUGUUGGUCAAACAAACACAGCGAUGACGAACGUCGCCAGGCAUAUAGCCGCUACAAGAACAACCCAGACACGCAAGACCGCUCUUCAGCUGGAUACCACCAGUACCUUGCUUGGUAUGAAGGAUAUGAGGAGUACGAACCCGCCAACAGCAACAACCACAACGACCAGUACCACCAAGAUGCAGACACCAGCAGCAGCGACGAAGAAGAUAACGAACCCAAAGAGAAAGAACACUUCUUUACGUCCUUCUUCACAGCCGGCACCACCAUUAACGGCCGCACAAUCACCGAGAUACUGGCUGAAAGAUCAAUCCGCCACGCAUUGACAGGUGACAACGAAUUCCAAAACAUGCCACACGCAGGCGAGUUCGCAUCAUCAGCGGACCUAUAUACAUAUCUAAAGGGAUUAUGUGCAUCGUUUGCAGCCGAAGGAAGGUAUUCUGACCGAGUCUUCCAUGGGAUAAUGCCAGAUACUGGUGCUGCAGAGAUUUCCAGCGCAGGGCAGCCUCAGUUCCUUGCCCUGCAACGCCGACUUCCAACUGUCACCCUAGAUACUUCAACAGCUGGGAGCGCGAAGAUACGAUUUGGCGAAGGGAGAGUCAUUGCAUCACUAGGAUCUACGAAGAUUCCUACCCCCUUUGGCCCUAUCUCAUUCCACAUCAUGCCAUGCGACACCCCUUUCCUCCUCUGCCUACGCGACAUGGACUGCUUCAGGAUCAAGUUCGACAAUCUCAAGAACUAUCUCCAGCAAGGCAAUAUAAAAGUACCUGCCCAAAAGUCUUCCGCUCAACAGCAGUCAAACCCUUCCACACUGACCCUGACGAUGUUGCUGGACAACCCGCCGCGGAAUCCCCCACGCGUGAGGAUGACGAUCCAGCAAUCACUCCUAACGGCGAAGAAGGAGAAACACUCGAUGAAACCGUCGUUAGCGAAGACGAAGAACCCGAGGCACCUCCGCCGCGCCGACGACCAGGUCGUCCUCGCAAGAACCCGCUCGUUACAGAACAGCGCCGAGGACCAGGUCGCCCGCGCAAGAAUCCCCCUGUGCCUACGCAACGCCGCCUAA